AUGGAAGAAUCUCAGGAACUUUGCUGGAGAGGAAGUAGAGUGUGGAAGCCUCGGCAGUGUGCUGCCACCAUUUACCAAAGUGGUGGCAGUACCAACGAGCUCGGUACUGGCUUUAUAGUGAUGGGUAGGAUGCAGGAACGCAUUAUUGGAUGGAGACCCAUUAAUGAGCGUAUGAGUGUGCUGCGAGUUAAAGGGAGAUUCCGCAACUAUGCGCUCAUCAACGUACACUGCCCUCAUGAAGGUAGGCCCGAUGAUGAGAAGGAUGCCUUUUAUGCGUUAAUGGAGCAGGCGUACGACAGCUGCUCGAGGCGUGACAUCAAGCUCGUUAUUGGGGAUAUGAACGCGCAAGUUGGCAGGGAAGAGUGUUUUAAAGCAACCAUCGGGACUCACAGCCUGCAUGCUUGCUCUAAUAACAAUGGUCAUCGAUGCAUCAACUUUGCAGCCUCCCGCGGAAUGGUUGUCCGCAGCACCUUCUUUCCUCGCAAGGAUAUCCACAAGGCUACCUGGAGAUCACCGGACCUACGUACCUGCAACCAAAUCGACCACGUGCUAAUUGACGGCCGCUUUUUCUCGGACGUCACGAACAUUCGCAGCUAUCGGCAGCCUAAUGUGAGUUCUGACCACUAUCUACUCGGUGUCUGCAUGCGAUCAAAGCUAGCAAUGAUCUACAAACCCCGGGUCGCUAGAGCGCACCGCUUCAACAUUGACCUGCUAAAGGAUAAUGAAGUGGCUGUGCGCUACGGUCAGACUCUAGAGGCGGCACUUCCAUCAGAGGAUGAGGCCUCUACUGCACCAAUGGAGGAGGUAUGGACUAAAAUUCGCCAUGCAGUGGAAAGUUCAGCUUCCAGCAGUCUGGGUGCUAGAACGAGGUCACGAACAUCAGACUGGUUUGAUGCGGAGUGUCAGCUGCUCGCUGACCAGAAGAACUUUGCCUGGGGUAGAAUGCUCCAAGCUGGAACGAGAGCCAACGUGGAGCAGUCUAGUGAGCCUGCCAUAGACAUGUGCCGGGAUAGGGAGGGUGGAUUGCUCACCAGCUCUGGCGAGGUGGUUGAAAGGUGGAGGCAGCACUUCGAGGAGCACCUAAAUGGGGUUAACUUGAAUAGGAGCAUGGAUGCGGAAGUACCACUUGGGGCACCUGGGCACGAUGAUGAUUACCCGGUUCCAUCCCUGUACGAAGUCGUGCAAGUGAUGCGGAAGCUUAAAAGCAACCGAGCUGCGGGUGAUGAUCAGCUCUCUGGUGAGCUCUUCCAGCACGGAGGGGAGAGCCUAGCUCGAGUGCUUCAUUUGGUGAUCGGCAAAGUUUGGGAGAUGGAAGAACUACCCCAGGACUGGAUGACCGGUGUCGUUGUACCGGUCUUCAAAAAAGGGGAUAGGUUGGACUGCGAGAACUACCGUGGCAUUACCAUACCAAAUGCCGCCUAUAAGAUCUUCUCUCAACUUUUGCUCCACCGGUUGCUGCCCCUGGCCGAAAACUUUGUUGGGGAGUAUCAAGCCGGCUUCAUGGAUGGACGCUCGACAACUGACCAGCUGUUUACGCUCCGGCAGAUUUUACAAAAAUGCCGUGAGUAUAACUGCAGAACACAUCACGUCUUCAUUGACUUCAAGGCGGCCUAUGACAGCAUUGACCGGCAACAGCUGUGGAUGCUGAUGAAGGAGUUUCAGUUUCCGAACAAGCUGAUCAGGCUGUGUAGGGCGACUAUGGGCAAUGUGAUGUGUUCUGUAAGGGUCGGUGGUGUCGCGUCCGCUCAGUUUGCUUCCCAGAGAGGGCUGAGGCAAGGGGAUAGCCUUUCAUGUAUCCUGUUCAACGUGGCCUUAGAAGGUGUGAUAAGGCGAGUAGGCAUCGACACGCGAGGUACCAUCUUCUGGCGCUCAAUUCAACUCCUGGGCUACGCGGACGACAUUGACAUUGUUGCGAUCAACAAGAGGACGGUUGCGGAAACGUAUGCUGGACUUAAGUCAGAAGCUCAGCGAGUUGGACUCCAGAUCAACACGUCAAAGACAAAAUACAUGCAAGGAUUAGGGUCUAGGGAUAACACCCCAGAUACCUUUCCCGGCAUCACCUUGGAUAACGACACUCUGGAGGAGGUGGACUCAUUCGUAUACCUUGGAUCCCAAGUCACAUGUGACUCGGACACAUCCUUGGAAAUUCGGAGGCGCAUCCUCGCUGGAAAUCGCACCUUCUGUAGUCUACAUCCGUGCGUCGAUAAGCGUACAUAG